ACCAAAGGGGCCCACCGCCCACGGCCGUGACGCGUGAGUGCACGGCAGCCCUGCGAUCCUCCCAUCGGCCGGCCCAGACCGCUCUCCUCCGACCAGAGCGGCGGGCCUGCCAUGCCUGUUCCUGUUUUAAAAGUCACGUCCUGAGGGUGAGACGAGAACAGAGCAGACAUCAGAGAGAGCAGAGGAAGAAAGCACCGCCAGCUCUGCAUCGCCGUGGAGCGUCUCCGUCCGCCGCCGCUGCCGCCGGAGCAGUAGCACCGCCGUGAGCCAGUGACCUCCUAAGCGACGGCUUGUUCAUUCAGCGUAGAAUUCUACUGGAGAGCCUAGUGAGAAAGCAUUUUCCUUUGGUCGGGAGCAGCAGCGGCAUUGGGACUACCGGAGGGGAUAUGAUCAAGAUACGAGCCCCGGAGCUGUACAGAGACAGCGGCGCCUACGAGGCGAGGAAGAGGCAGUCGCUGAGGGCGCGCUACAUCUACGGGCUCAUCUUCUUCGCCACCAACCUGCUGGCCUGGUUCAUCAGGGACUACGGGGCCAAGCUGCUCGGCGGACUGCACCAUAUCCCGGUCUGUGGAGCAGGGGACUCGAAAUGCUUCCGUUCUGGAGGGGUGCUUCGGGUUAGCCUGGGCUGCUUUAUAUUUUUCUGGGUGAUGUUUGCCACAACAUUUGGAACACGCAAGCUCCAGGGAGUUCGUAAUUCGUGGCACUCUGGAUGCUGGACCCUCAAGUUUCUGGUGUAUGCCGUGUCAAUCGUCACCCCGUUUAUCAUCCCUAACAUCUUCAUCCAGCUCUAUGGUGAAAUUGCUCGAAUGGGUGCCGGGAUAUUUCUCAUUCUGCAGCUUAUAAGCAUGCUCCACCUCAUAUCAUGGUGCAAUAAACGUUGGAUGCCAUAUGCUGGAUCAAAUCAAUGCGGCCUGUUCGGAUUGUUCUUGUCAACUGUCUCCUUCAUUGCCUCAUUUGCCGGAAUCCUCGUGCUAUAUAUUCUGUACGUUCCAAACUCAUCAUGUGUGUUCAACAUCUUCACUAUUAUAUGGACGGCAGUCCUCGUGAAGAUAAUGAUGGCGGUGUCACUACACUCAAAGGUUAAUGAGGGUCUUCUAUCUUCUGGAAUAAUGGGCUCAUAUAUUGUGUUCCUUUGUUGGUCUGCACUGCACAGCGAACCACGAACAGGAAAGUGCUACACUGAGAUGAAAAUUGGCAAGGAUGGUAAUUGGGCUACUAUAAUUAGCUUCAUUAUUGCGAUUUGCUCCAUUGUCUCGGCCACAUUUUCUACGGGAAUCAAUAAUAGAUCCUUUCAAUUUCGAAGCGAUAAGAUCCAGUUGGAAGAGGAUGCCCCCUACAGCUACGAGAUUUUCCACAUUGUGUUUGCGGUGGGGGCUAUGUAUUUCGCAAUGCUAUUCAUAAGCUGGGAGCUUAACCAUCCAAUAACAAGAAAGUGGAGCAUAGAUGUUGGAUGGGCAAGCACAUGGGUAAAGAUCAUGAAUGAAUGGCUGGCAUUUUGCAUAUAUGUUUGGAGACUGAUCUCCCCAGCCCUGGCGAGGAAACAACCUGCCAACGAUGAAGAGUCCGCCUCCACAACAUAGUUUUGACAAUAGCUAAUUCUUCCUGACCAAUUUUUUUGUAAGUCAAUUCAUAGCUUAUGCAUAUAUACAACAAAAAAUGUUCAGGUGUAUUCUGUAUGUUUAGGUGUAUUACAGCCACACUAUACCCCGCAAAAGAAAAUGCACACUAGUGUGAAGUUUUGUACAAGUACUCAUACGUGUGCUGUAUCAAGGCCUGUGACUCCAUCCAACUGCCCCCAAAGUCAAAUUCUUAUUUCAA